AUGAUCAGUAUGUCCAUGUUUCCUGCUGAGAGACGAGACCUACCUGCAGUGACCACGUCCCCUGCUGUAGAGAAAAUUCUGGGGAUCUGCAUCUACAGAAACACACUCUGUGGCUUUGUAGGAGGAGAAUUCUUCCUGAAUAACGCUGGACAAAGGUUUGCUGGUUUCCAAAAAGCUCUGCCAUGGCUGAUUUCUUCUGGGGAGGAGAUUGUGUCACUGAAGCUCCUGGCUCUGCUGCUGAGGAUAAACUGGCCAUUUGGAUGUCACUGGAUUGACCCUUUCACACUUCAGGUCAGUGUCUCUGUGCUACACAAACACCACACUGGUCAGAUCUGUUCCACUGGUGGUCAGGGCAGAGGGGUGACUGGACUAGGUGCAGAGCAACAACUGGACCAUGAUUUAUCAAAAAUCCCAGACACACUCAGGAUAGUUCUGUUGGGGAAGACUGGAGUUGGGAAGAGUGCAUCAGGAAACACCAUCCUGGGGAAAGACGUAUUUAAUGAAGACCUGUCAUUUGAGUCAGUUACCACUGUGUGUCAGAAAGAGACAGCAGAGAUCAGAGGGAGACAGAUUACUGUGAUCGACUCUCCAGGACUGUUCGAUACUAAUACUGAUAAUGAAGAAACCAGGAAAGAGAUUGUUAAAUGUAUCUCAAUGGCAGCUCCUGGACCUCAUGUGUUCCUGCUGGUGCUGAAAAUAGGACAACGCCUUACAGAGGAGGAGACAGAGGCAGUGAAAAUCAUAGAAAAGACUUUUGGUAAAACAUCUAACAUGUACACCAUCAUCCUCUUCACUGGAGGUGAUUAUCUAAAACAGAAGACAAUUGAACAUCAAGUGGAAAAGGCUGGGGAUAAUUUAAGGACACUUAUCUCUGGGGAACAGAUACACUAUAUUGCCAAAAUAUAUCAUGUUUUCAACAACAAUGAAAAACACAGCAACACCCAGGUCCUGACUCUCCUGGAUAAGAUUGAUGACAUGGUGGCACUGAAUGGAGGAAGCUACUACACUAAUGAGAUGUUCCAGCAGGUGGGAAUGGAAAAGCAAGCAGAACUACAAGAGAGAAUACUGAAGGAAAUGGAGGAGAAGAUGAAGAGAGAGAGAGAAGAACUGGAAGCUAAAUACAAAGAAGAGACAGAAAGACUAAACAGGAUUAUACAAGCAGAAAAACAGGACCAUCAGAUGAUACUGGAAACGUUGAAGAGAAGGGAAAGUGAUCUAAAAUUCAGAAAUGAGGAGCUGCAGAAAAUGAAAGAAACUCUUAAUCAAGAAAGACAGGAUUUAAAGUGUAAAGAGCAGGACUAUAAGAUGAAUAUGGAGAGGUGGAAGGAGAGGGAAACUGAUCUAGAAGAUGCAUUAAAAUUUAAAAAUGAGGAGCUAAAUAAAAUGAAAGAAACUCUUGAUCAAGAAAGAUGA